GUCUCCCACUCACUACAACGCAAAAUUGAUGAUCCCAUCACACCUAUUUCACGUUCAUGAGCCCUAGAAGCUUACGCCGCCACCGCCGACUCACCACCGCUUAAGGUAUUACCUCUUAUUCCUCAAAUCCAAGCUGCCGCCUCUUCCCCCUUCCUCUUAUUCGUCGACGAUUCGCCUCCAAAUUAAGAUGGUUAGAGCAUAUUCUCAAGAACACACAUACAAGCAUCCAUGGGAACGAGUAACAGCUGCGUCGUGGCGCAAAUUUGCCGACCCUGCGAACAAACGCACACUGUCUCACAUUAUCGAGGUUGAUACUCUGAGCCACAAGCUCGAAAGCAACACUGGCAAGCUGUACACAACUCGAGCUAUAACUGUCCAUGCUCCCGGGCCAUGGUUCCUUCGUAAGAUGAUCGGCCAGGAUAUCUGCCACUGUGUUGAGUCAACUGUCGUGGAUGCGAAAUCCCGAUCUAUGCAGCUAGCUACCCGUAAUAUCAGCCUCGAGAAGUUCAUCGAAGUGGAGGAGAAGAUCAGGUAUGAUCCCCACCCGGAUGAUCCAAAUGGAUGGACCAUAUGCCGGCAGGAGACAAGGAUCACGAUAAAGCCCCUGUCGGCUCUGGCCACGAUGGCUGAGAAGAUCGAGCAAAAGUGCGUGGAGAAGUUCCAGCAAAACAGUGCUAAAGGGAGAGAGGUUAUGGAGAGAAUCUGCAAGUAUCUUGAAGCUGAAUCUAGGGGAAUUUCUGCUUGAUUUUGAUGUUAAUCAUUGAGGGACAAGGACGGAAGGUUUAUCCAUUGAACACUUGGUUAGUUGAGCAAUAGAGGGCUCUCUUAUUUUAAAAUGAAGAUAUUUUCUUAGGAAAGAUGAUCCAAAUAAUGAACUUAAUAAAUUUAAUCAAGUAAAUGCCAUUUCAUGAAUAAGGAGUUGGUCUUUUACGGGCCAAGUGGCUUAAUUUAUAAAGGGAUUUUGCAGUUUGGAUAAAUUAUCAAAUCCAAUGUAUUGAAAUCUGGAAAUUUGAAUAUAAUUUGUAAAUCAGAAAACAGCAAUUAAAUCUAUCUAGUAGUGAAAAAGCCAAUUGCAAUUUGUGACAA